CCUCAAUACAGUGUAGGCACUGACUAGGGCGAAAUUCCUCGUAGCGGAUUGGAGAACAUGUCCGAGAUCCAAUGGUCGUGCUGAAGGUAUAAGAGUAAGCGAAUGCCCUUGGCCUCACAUGUAGCAGUAACUUCCUCGAGGUGUCAACACCCACACCAAACGCAGACAUGGUCGUCAUUAAAUCUCUAGCAGCUAUCGCAUCUUUUGGGUUAACCAUUGCAGCACCGCAGGCUCCAGUAUCAUCAUCGGCUGUGAGCUCUCCUAGCCCAUCGGCGUCAAGCUCAGCGACCCUUACCACUGAGGAGACAGAUAAUCUGUUUAGUCUUCAUGAAGAGCUAGUCAAUAUCCCGUCUAUCUCUGGGGAUGAGGUUGAGUGCGCAGAGUUCAUAUCAAAAUAUCUAUCGGACUUGGGGUACUACGUCAAAGAGAUCCCUGCUGGAGACACCGGAACUUUCAACGUCUUCGCUUAUCCUCAAGAGCUCAAAGAUGAGGGGGUUUGGCCGGAAGUUCUGAUCACUAGUCAUAUCGACACUGUGCCACCAUUCUACCCAUUCGAGCGCAAGGAAGAGAACGGUACAGUCUAUCACUUUGGUCGUGGCUCAGUCGACGCCAAGGGCCCCGUAGCAACGAUGAUCAUCGCAUCCCAUAAGCUCUUUCAAUCCAGAACUGACACGCCCAGUCUGGGAAUGCUAUUCGUUGUCGCUGAGGAGACUGGCGGCGCCGGAAUGAGAGCCUUCGCUGAGUACGCUUCCAACACUACUUUCCGAGCAGGUAUCUUCGGCGAACCAACGGAAGGCAAGCUAGCUAGUGGACACAAAGGAUACCUAGGCGUGAGCUUGGACAUUACAGGCCGAUCUUCUCACUCCGCGUACCCCUGGCUCGGCGUGAGCGCCGUCAACUAUCUUGCCGAAGCCAUUGUCGGACUGAACAUGCUCGAACCGGCUCUACCAAGGAGUGAGCUGUUGGGAGCAACGACGCUCAAUGCUGGACUUGUUGCGGGUGGCGUCGCCAGCAAUGUCGUUCCUGACAAGGCUAAUGCAAGUAUCGCCGUCCGCAUAGCUCGUAGCGAAGACGAUGCUGUCGACGUUGUGCAAGACAUGAUUGCUGGGAUGCUCUCGCCUUUCGAAACCCGCGCAAAGGAAGAGAAUGCUACUUUCGAAGUCAUCUUUUCGAAUGCUAGGUACCCCGCGGUCAUUCUCGACACUGACGUUGAAGGCUUGGAGGUUGCGCCUGUGUUCUUCGGAACGGAUAUUCCCAGCUUGCCGCAAGUGGAGAAGAAGUAUUUAUUUGGCACUGGUACUAUUGAGGUCGCGCAUACGCCUGAUGAGAUGUUGAGUCAGGAGGAACUUGUGCAGGCAGCGGAGGCAUAUGGCAUGAUUCUUGAGAGUCUAUUUUCUGAGUAGGAAGAUUCGAUCAGAUUGAUCCGGUGUAGGAAGUGGAUAUCACUGUUGAAGUACUAUACAUGUGC